AUGGGUUUCACUGAGUUCGUCUCUGAGGCUGGCCUGACCUUGGCCAACAACUACCUGGCCACCCGCAGCUACAUCGUUGGCAAUGCCCCCAGCCAGGCCGAUGCUGUGACCUUCAAGGCCUUCAGCGCCGCCCCUGACGCUGCCAAGUACCCCCACGUUGCCCGCUGGUACAAGCACAUUGCCUCUUACGAGUCUGAGUUCUCCACUCUGCCCGGUGAUGCCUCCAAGGAGUUCACUGCCUACGGCCCCGAGACUGUCGACCUCCCCGUCAACCCCAAGGACAAGCCUGAGGAUGACGAUGAGGAGGAGGACCUCUUCGGCUCCGACUCCGAGGAGGAGGACCCUGAGGAGGUUGCUGAGCGCAACCGCCGUCUUGAGGAGUACAAGGCCAAGAAGGCUUCCAAGGGACCCAAGCCCGCCGCUAAGUCCCUGGUCACCCUGGAGGUGAAGCCCUGGGAUGAUGAGACCGACCUUGCCCAGAUGGAGGCCAACGUUCGCGCUAUUGAGAUGGACGGUCUCGUUUGGGGUGCUUCCAAGCUCGUUGCUGUCGGUUUCGGUAUUAAGAAGCUCCAGAUCAACCUGGUCGUCGAGGACGAGAAGGUCUCCACCGAUGACCUCCAGGCCCAGAUCGAGGAGGAUGAGGACCACGUCCAGUCCACCGACGUUGCUGCCAUGCAGAAGCUGUAA